AUGGCUCGCUUCACGCUGCAUCUCGAUGCCGUGAAAAAGCAGCGCUCUGUCUACUAUGACUUGAAGAUGAAGGCCAUCCAGAAUCCUGAGGAAGUUCUCACAAUUAUAGCUGACGGACCCGACCAGUUCCUCACGCGGGGAGCCAACAUGGUCAUAGAGUCUUUCGAACGGACUCUCGCCAUUCUUCGAGAUACAGACGGCCUCCCUAGAUCUGGCUUCGUGCAUGUUCAGUUGGACAAUCCAACUGGAGAGAACAAAAACAGGUUCGUGUUUGGGUACUUCGCUGAAAAGGUGUCUGAAGGCCUCCUAAGAAGAGUCGAUUUUGGAUUUCUACCUCCUGGGCAUACUCACGAAGAUGUUGACAUGCGUCAUUUCCAGUAUGGAUGUGCCCUCAAGGAAACAAAAUUCGUUGACGGCAAUACAAUUUGUGAUAUUUUCAAGAAGAAGAUGGUAGGCCACACUACCAAAGAGCCAACACAAGCAGAGAUGGCCAGCCGAAAAGUAAUGAACACCCCUAUGGGACGCGAAACCCUCAAUCCUCAUGCUACAACUAUGUAUCAUGUUCGCGACUGGAAGGCCAGGCUCGAACCUUACGUCCCCGCCGUGAAAGGAAUAACAACUGCUUAUUCGUUCAGAAUUGAGAAGGAUUCCAACUCCGGGGACGUAGUUAUUUACUAUAAGAAGACCAUGUCAGAUGAGAUUUGGCUAGGGCCUCAGGUAUUUCUACAAAGUGGUACGCUCGAUGGAAUCGCUGAGCCACUAUCGGAAGCCGCCCACUCUCACAAACACGACCCCAUAGCUGCUGAAGGCUUGAAGAAGCUAUCGAAGGAGCACCCUCUGCUUUUCUCACAGAAGGAUAUAGCUCAUGCAGUGCAAUUACAGCUGGGGACGUAUUCAUACCUCGCCCACGAGGAUACACUGGCCAGACUGCCUAGGUUCAACCUGCCCACUCGGUCAGAACCGAGCGGCACAAGAUCACAGAACUCCUUCGAGUGCCUUUCUGGCAAGCCUCCGAGAAAGAGGCAGAAGCUCCAGAAAAAUACCGAGCUCCGCCCCGCAGGCCAGCUACGCGGUACAACUAUCAUCGGCAAGAGCGCUAGCGAAGAUUCCGAUGCCCGUGCUCUGUUUGAGUCCAUGAAAGGCCGCGAGCUGAAAUAUACGAAGCUUGCUCGAGUGGUCGUUCGUGGAGAUGGAGAAGGCCGGACUACCAAGAGUACCCUCAACUGUAGAAGGUGUCUGCCGUCUGGAAAAGUAUUGACGCUUUCCGAGCUGCGCGAGGACGAGUUACCGCGUGUCGGCCUAUUCGCUUUCGUACAUACUGAGGAUGGCCUCCAUGAGCUCGUCGACCGCCGGUGUCCUGCUAUUGGGUGCGUAGUUUCCACUCCCAGCUGGACCGCUGACCGUACACCUCCAGGAAAAAGGGGAGAAGCCUCUAUAUCCAUACACUGGUAUUCUUAUGACGAGAAGCUCUUACGAAAGCAUGGUACUCACACCCUUUCACGCGGUACUUUGCAGCAAAUGUGUAUACAAAAGUGUGAGGGUAAGAACAAGAAGGCCUCUACCAGUAAGAUUUCAACAAGUCACCCUUGGAUCGAUGACGUACCAGCGGACUCCCUUGUUGCCUGGAAUAUAUCCCUGACUAGAGGAAAAAGGCUCACAAGGGUCGCGAUAGAGUUUCUGGAGCGCCUCGGUAUCCAAGGUUUGAGCGACUGUGGUGGCGAUUAUCCACUGUCCAGCGGAGUGUCUGCAUCAGACUGA